CGUAGAACAUGAGACAAGGGACUGUAAACAAAAAUUCGAAUAAAGUCCCCUGAUAGGUCUUCCGAUCGCAGCGCAUGAAGUAAGACCCAGGUUGUUAUUUGCCUUGUUUUGUCAGUUCUCCAUACUCAUUUCUUUUCAGUAUUAUGUUCUCUUUUUGGCCAAACCUCCCACCUUGUUCGGAUGACCAAGUAUGGACUUUCCACCAUGCGACUGACUUGUAUUUGGGGGAAUGAUCAUCAGUAUUAUUUCUGGUGACUCAAUCGAUUGAAGGCGUCUGCCUCCUUCCCUCCUGACGGGCUUGGAAGAACGAGAAUGCGCAAAUUAGGCCCAGGUCAAUUUCAAUUUGACAAGCUUUAUAGGAAGUCAAACUAAAAUGAGGGUAAUUUUAUCAGCAAAGUAUGCGAUGGGAGCAGUGAGUUUAUAUAUACAGUUGAGAAGGAAAAGAAAAAAAAAAGAUACAGUGAAAAUGGAGAGGGACGGUAUGUCUUGUUUCGCAUUGAAGCCACAAAACGCAGAUGCAGAAGUAGAAUGGGGGUGCAUUGACUGCGUGUGUCGCAAAUUUUUGUUAUUUUUCAUUUGUAAAAUGGGAAUAGAGAUGGUUGCAAUUGAGUGGUAUAUGUAUGCCUUUGUUAAAAGGCAUUGUGUAGAAGAAAAACAAUAUGGAUGAUGAUGAU